CUAACCAGUCAUCCUACUCAGGAGUCCCAUCUUCGGAAGGUGGUAGUGUUUGAAUCACUUCCAGUCCAUUGUUUUCGUUCUUUGUUGCGAGGCUACUUACGGGACCCUCCAGAAUGAAUGGAUAUCCUACCUUGAGUGCAAACCACUUCAUAGCGACAACUUCCUUCACACCCCCGCGAUUUGCCUAUACCACAUGCUUUUGCUCACAUCAACCCAGACUUCCCCUCCCUUGCACCGCAUUAUAAAAACCCUCAAUGGACCCAUUCCUUGUGUUGGCUCCUGCCUCCCUUGUGCACAUCUACCUCUACCCUAUACUCAGAUCACCUCACAUCCUCAUCUACCAACAAGUCACGCGUCAAAAUGGAAGCGUCAAAAGAAGCCUACAAGGAGCUAGUCGAGUUUAACGAUGUGACAUUCACAACCAGUGAGACAGUAAAUCGGAUCGUUCGGAUCCUCGUGUUCAACUACCUGAUUGAGCAAGAAGAUGGUUUUUUCUAUCCCUCAUUGACCGAUGACACCGGAGGUCUUAGAGAGUCUGACAUCCAACGCGAAAAUCGGUCCGGCAUCGUGCAAAGCGUUAUGUAUGCUUUGGGAGUCAUUGCUCGUGUUUCGGACCCUAAGGUCUUGGGGAUUGGCUGGAUAAAUACCAGCGAUCAGCUACUCCUAAGGGAAGCCCUGGAAGCCGUUUCCAGGCCCGAGGACCUCGUGGAUAUCGGUGCAUUCAAGUUGUACCUAGAGCAAGAAUGGUGCGUGGCUAUCGUCAGUAAGAUUGAACAUUGUGGCCAAGACGGGGCCAGGCAAGAGGGCUGUGAUAAUGAGGGGGAUAAGAAAGAGAAGAUAAAUUGGGGCAAACACUUUUUGGGUGAGCUCUAUCCACUGGAGCCGUCGCAUUUGCAAAAUGUUUGGAAUAGGUUCUUUCCAAUGGAUAGUGAGAACGUUUGGGGGGCGCAGUAUCAGCAUACUUUGUGA